GGCGUGGCCCGCCGGAAGUUCUCGUGUUGAGAAACGAAGGUAUUUUCCGGCUUCCGGUGGCAUGGCUGAUCCGCACUCUGAGGGCGCGCCCCCAACCCAGGUCAGGAAGAGGGAGCAGUUCGGGACCCGGUUCCUGAGCGAUCCAUCGCGUGUCUUCCACCACAAUACCUGGGACAAUGUGGAGUGGUCAGAAGAGCAGGCUGCGGCGGCAGAGAGGAAAGUGCUGGAGAACAGUGCCCAGCGGGUGUGCCAAGAGAAACAAGUUGAUUAUGAGGUUAAUGCCCAUAAAUACUGGAAUGACUUCUACAAAAUUCAUGAAAAUGGGUUUUUCAAGGAUAGACACUGGCUUUUUAUGGAAUUCCCGGAGCUGGCACCUAGCCAAAACGAAAAUCACUUGAAGGAUUUGCUCAUGGAGAACAAGAGGAAUGAAAUCUCUGAAUGCCAAAGCAGUAAGGGUGGACCUGGUUUAACAACAAGUGAAGAACAACCCAAGUGUUCUUCAACCGGCCUAGGACCUAAAACACAGUUAGCUCCUGAGGAGGAAACUCAGAAUUUCAGUCACCUGCAAAUUUGUGCUAAGUUUCCUGGAUCCUCAGCCACCUAUCGAAUACUUGAGGUUGGUUGUGGUGUGGGAAACACAGUCUUUCCAAUUUUACAAACUAACAAACAAACUCAGAAUAUGAUCCAUCUCGCUGUUUUGCCUUUGUUCAUGAUCUUUGUGAUGGAGAUCAGAGUUACCCAGUGCCUGAGAACAGUAUUGAUGUCAUUGUUCUCAUAUUUGUUCUUUCAGCAAUUGUUCCAGACAAGAUGCAGAAAGUUGUAAACAGGCUGAGCAGGCUUCUGAAGUCUGGAGGGGUGAUGGUUCUACGAGAUUAUGGCCGUUAUGACAUGGCUCAGCUCCGGUUUAAAAAAGGUCAGUGUCUGUCUGGAAAUUUUUAUGUGAGAGGUGAUGGCACCAGAGUUUACUUCUUCACUCAAGGUGAAUUGGACACACUUUUCACUACUGCAGGACUGGAAAAGGUGCAGAAUCUGGUGGAUCGCCGAUUGCAGGUGAACCGAGGAAAACAGUUGACAAUGUACCGAGUUUGGGUUCAGUGCAAAUACCGAAAACCUCUUCAGCCCAGUACCAGCUGAAGGGCACCUGCUCCUGACAUGACUCAAGCUCAUUGUUUCAGAUUUUUUAAAAAGAAUGUCUCUAAAUAGUGUAUUGUUAAUGUGCAAACAGGGGCUGGGCUUGAUGGGACGUUCCUGUAAUCCCAGUACCAGUACUCGGGAGGCUGAGGCAGACAGAUCGCUGGGAGUUCAGACCAGCCUAAACUGCAUAGCAAGACCCAGUCUAAAAAAAAAAAAAAAUCAAACAAGGGCUGGGGUGUGGCUCAGUGGUAGAGAGCUUGCCUGGCACAUGCAAGACCCUAGGUUCUGUCCCCAGUACAGCAAAGAAAAAAGAAAUUCGAAAAAAUUUAACCCUGAACCUAGGAAAACUUGCUUAUUAACAAGAUAAAUAUUGGGAGGCUGAGGCAGAAGAAUUGUUGUGAGCUCGAGUCCAGCCUGGGCCACAUAGUUCAGGGCCAGCCUGAAAUACAAAGUGAGACACUGUCUCAAAAACAAAAACAAAAGAAAGCAACAAGAUAAACAAUUUUGUCUUAUCUGUGAAGCCCAUUAAUAUUAAUGUAAACUUUUUGCAAGUUGUUUGAGUUUUCAUUCUGUCUUAUCAUUUUAUAACAAUAGAUUUUUUCAAUAAAUGAAAUUUUGUUCGUUGAAA